GAAGCGCUACAGCCCGCAAUUUCACGUGUAUUUUGUGCAGUAGAGAGACGACAAUCGUAAAACUGGGAGGAUUUACCAUAAUUUGAACCAAGUAAACCAAUUGGAGAUGAUAAGCCAGUGCUGACAUUCAGCGUACGACAGGGACUGACGGCUUUCGAGUUUCCCGGUCGGCUCUGUUGCUAGGAGACGACGGCCAUGAGCUACGGUAGGGCGCCGCCGGACGUUGAGGGUAUGACCUCCCUGAAAGUGGACAACCUGACUUACCGAACUUCGCCGGAGACUCUGCGACGGGUUUUCGAGAAGUACGGCCGCGUGGGAGACGUGUACAUACCCCGCGACAGGUACACCAAGGAGAGCCGCGGGUUCGCCUUUGUGCGGUUCCUGGACAAGCGCGACGCCGAAGACGCCAUGGACGCGAUGGACGGCGCGCUGCUUGACGGGCGCGAGCUUCGGGUGCAGAUGGCGCGCUACGGGCGACCUCCGGAUUCCAUGUACAGCCGGAGAGGCGCUCCGCCACGCCGCCGCUCAGCCAGCCCUCGCCGUCGCAGACGAAGCCGCUCCAGGAGCAGAAGCCGUUCCCGCUCCAGGAGCCGCCACCACUACAGCCGAUCCAGGUCCCGCUCCGAUUCCAGAUCCAGGUCCAAGUCUAAAUCCAAAUCCAAGUCCAGGACCCCCAGACGGAGCAAGACAAAGUCUCCAUCCAGGUCCCGGUCCUCCAAGUCCAGAAGUCGAACCCCGCCUUCCAACAGAGGUUCCAAAUCGAGGUCCCGCUCCAAAUCCAAGAGCAGGCCUAAAUCUCCAGGAGACAACGGAACAGAGAAUUGAUCCGGACUUGGACAUAUGAAGGUAUUCAGGGGAAAUAGGGGGGAUUUUCUUAUUUGCUUCAAAUAUUAUAUCUGAAAUGGCUUCCUCUCGUCACUUGGGUUAGUAUUCUGCAGUCUUGUUCCUGCGUUAGUCAUUUGCACACAAGCAACAAUGUCAGCAUAAUCCUGACUAUUUUUAAGAAAUAAAUAUUAAAUAAUUGUGACCGACGUCCACGUUCUGUAUUUGCAUUUAGUUUGCUUGUAUGUUCAACAAAUCUAAAGCAAACACAGACCGCAGGAGAUUUGGGGUGUGUGUACACGGGAGGGACGUGGGGUUCUGCACUCAAAAAAAACGUUCACCUAAAUGUGGAAUUCUUUCCUCCAAGCUGCGGAGUCCUGUUUGCAAAGGGAGGAGGAGGAGAUGGGGGUGUGGCAGUUUGAGAGCAGUUAGUGUGUGACCCGCCCAUGUGACCUGCCUGUUGCUGAGAGCGAUGGCCGUUGCUAAGGAGCAGGUCACCGAGGCAACAGUGGUUGCUAUGGAGCAGGUCGUCAAUGGCGGUGGUUCGGGCUGUCUGUUGGUGUAUGAGGUGGUGUGGUGAGGUACGUUCGAGGGGAUCACAGGCACUGAGCACUGUUCCCACCUCCACCUCUCACAAAGGGAACGGACCCGAGGUUUGUUUUUCAAAUUCGCCCGAGUGUAAGAGUCUUGUUGGAGUUAGUUUUACAGGAGAGGAGAUGGAGGGGGGGGGGAGAUAAAGGUUUGUAACCAAAUGUGAAAAUUGAUCAAAUGUUAGCUAUACAUGCAGCUGGAUGCCCAGGGGAAUAAAAUGCAGUUUGAUUAAAUGUUUGGUGUCAGGGGAAAGACUAUUAGACAGGGGGUGUAUUUUAAACAUCCAGCUGCUGGAGUUUUGGGGCGCCAUUUUGUUUUGCACUCCUUAACUCUCUUGUGUCUUUCCUUGCAGAUCUCAGAGGAUUGAGUCUUUGCUGAGGACAUCUGGAAGGGUCUCGCAUUGAGCAAGUGGACUCUACUAUUACCACUGAUAGCAGACUGAAAGGUUAUUGGAGCUUGGUCUAAAAUGUUUUAAUUUGACCCAAUUCACACAAAUGAAUUCUGAAACUUUGAUGUGUUCAUUGUUUGUAAAGUUGAGCAUUUUGGGAAAGGAUUUGUAAGUAGUUUUUCUCAAUUGUUUUUCUGUUUUUGCAUUUUGAUUAAACAUCUUAUUUUCAAUAAAAUCUCUUGUUUAACACUUUCUAGAUGCGUAUGAGAGAGUUUUACUUGCAGGUUGUCAUGUUGGAUGUUCAAAGUCUUUACAGCACUCUGUCUUCCUGUAAAGGCAAAACAUAACAUUGCUUUGCCACUCAAUCCGUGGCUUGUUUAUCCAGCAGCAUACGUUUUCUGUAAAAUCUCUUUUCUGUCUGGUUAAAGUUGCUUUCCUAUGACUCUAACCCUCUUUCUUGUGUAUCUUUUGUGCACUAGGCGCAGUUGUGUAGCAGUUGAGUAUUGCUGGUUAGCUGUUAAGAUGCAGUGCGGUGGUGACAUGGUGUGGCGUGUUGCGGUGCUGAGUGCCCGGCACUGUUCCGGGGCUCGACCCUGCGCUGCCGUUUGCCGGUUUGUAAGCUCACAGGUGUGGCAGAUCAUCCAUCCUCUCCUGGCCCAUGCCCCCCCCACCCCCCCCCCACUGCUGUACAGAUUCUCUCCUUUCCUUUUUCUCUAUAUUCUCACUCCUCUCCUUCCCCGUUCUGUUAUAAUUAGCUCUGCUCGCCUUGUUUUUCUCAAUUGGGUCCAGUAGGACUCCGAGUGGAGGGUUUAAAGGGCACUUCAUCCUGCUCAAUGUAUUUCAUUCCCCCGUGAACCUCUCAAAUGUGGUGUAGUUGCUUCAGGUGAAUGCUAAUAAACAUCUUUUGUUGUUCAUGAA